AUGUCCCAGUCACCAGUUAAGGAGGCAAAACGGUUAGAUAUUCUCCCCCCUUGUUUGAGAAACUCGAUCGUGGGUUCCUGUGUGGCUGAUCCUGAUCCUGGGGCUGCCAGUGUAGAAUUCAUCCCUGUGAAUUCAUCCCAGUCACCAUGUAAGGCGGCAAAACGCUUGGUGGUAACUCUUGACGAUGUUCCAAAAGAGUCGACAAGUCUCCAGUUGGAAUUGACUCUGAAUAAGCUGGCAAACUCGAACUACACAAACUCUAAGGCAUCAAGGGCACUGGCUCCAAAUGAAAAGAAGUAG